AUGGCCACCCUACCGUUGUAUCAAACAUACGUCAGCUUCGUGAACCGUUCCCUUCGGAUAUGCGGAUUGUAUCCGGACACGAUUCAUCGUAGCCUCAGCAGUCGAAUCAUUCCACCUUUUUGGCUACUGUGCUACGGGAUUAUUCUCUACACCGUGACGACCUGUCUCGUGCAAAAUGUCACGGAUAUGAGCAAGGUUACCGCGGGUCUCAGCGGUAUUAUCGCGAUCGUGAACGCGAUCGUAAAGGCUUUUCGAUUUGUCACGUAUCGAGGCGAAUUGGAACACGUGAACGGUGUACUCGAAACGGUGUUCGAGGAGUCGUCGGAUCGAAAACCGGCGAACUCGCCCGCUUUCCGGCUGAUGGGCUCUUUUUAUCGUUUGGGCUACUACCAGUACGUCUGCCUGCUGUUCACGUCGUUCGUGUUCGUGGUUAGACCGUUAUUGGCGGUGAGGUUUCGUAACGCGAAUUAUUCGUUACCCGUACCCGGUGUUUAUCCGUGGACGAUCAACUCGACACCGGUGUACGUUAUUCAUUAUGUGAUCGAAUCGCACAUUUGUUGGUCGUUGUGCGUGGUGACGAUCGGCGUGGACGCGUUCUUCACUUUGUGCACGUUCCGUAUAUCCUCGGUGUUCAAGCUGCUGGCGCUUGAGUUCGAGGAAUUGCCGAAACGGCCGAUCGACAAGGAGAACCGCGAACUGACGUUACGGACCUGCAUCAGGCGACACUCCACGUUGAUACACUGUUACGAUGUUAUUCAAGAGAUUUACGGGCCGAUCGUGCUGGUGGUCGCGCUAGGGAACGCUUUGAGUAUGUGCAGCAUGAUGUUCGAGGUGUUUCAGUCAAAAGAAUUCACGGUUGGAAAAAUCAUCGCGACUGUGAUUUAUCUUUUCGGGAAGCUAAUCCAGACUUUCAUCUACGCCUGGCCCGGAGAGGUGGUCGCUACUGAGAGCGAUGCGUUUCGCUGCGAGGUUUACUGUAACGACUGGUACGAGCAUAUAGACGAUCCCUCUGCAAAAUUCUUCCUCAUGAUACUAAAGCAGAAACCAAUAGUCAUCAGGGCGUGUAGUAUAUUGGAGGUUUCUUUGGAUCUUUUCGCCAAGAUUAUAAAUAGAACGAUAUCCUAUUACUUUUUGCUGGUAACGCUUGACGAUGGUUCAUAAUAAAGGAAACAAGGAAUCGAAUAGUUCAGCAACGUUUUCUACACUGUUCAA